AUGGCGAACAUGCUGCGAACAGUCCUGCUGGGACUUUUCUUCUUUACCACCGCCCAAGCCCAGUUCCAGUUCUUCGAGCAGAUGUUUGGUGGCAGCGGCCAGCAGCACCAGGAAUCCCACGGUCAAGGCGGCAAUGUACCAAGCGAUAGCGCAUGGUAUCAGAAUACUUAUAACGGAGCGCACUGUUCCAAUUACCUAUGUCCUGGAACCUUAGCCUGCGUCGCCGUUCCGCACCAUUGUCCUUGCGCACACCCCCAGGUCGAGGAUAAAUUCGAGCUUGGUGAAGGCAGCGCGAUAUGUGCCUCCAAGGGAGGCUUCAAAGCCGAAGGGCAAGAUGAUAUAUCAUCCACAAUCCGCGGCACUGAUCCACGGAAUAACAGUCUGCUUGCCCCUGUCCAUAUUCCAGAGGACCCAGAUGGACUCCUUAAAGAGAACCAUCCUGCUAGCCAAAUUCUGGUUAACUCGGGUUUGGUUGUUCAAAGACAGUUGGAGAUGAUGAAUGUUUUGCUUGGCUUUGAGCAGGCGAAUAGAUAUGUUAUUCUAGAUGCACAGGGCAAUCAUAUAGGGUAUAUGGCCGAGGAAGAGAAAGGAAUGGGCUCUAUGCUCUCCCGUCAGUGGCUACAUACCCAUCGGCCUUUCGUCACCCAUGUCUUCGACAAGAACCAGAAUGAAGUUUUGCGGUUCCAUCGACCAUUUUCUUGGAUCAACUCUACGAUCUUUGUGUUCGACCCACACAAUAACACAGCUGGAUCUCAUGCACCCUUGAUCGACUUACAGCAGAAUACAUCAGGCCUGCAAGAAGGGUCUGUCAAAGUAUCUCCAUUGGUUCAUUCACAGAUGCGGGUAAUAGGAGCAGCACAGCAGCGCUGGGCACCUCUCAGGCGAAAGUACAACCUAUUCCUUUCCCACCCACACGCCUCUGUCACACCCUCACAUAUAGAGCCUCAGCAACCGGCAGUACCCCCAGAGAAAAGCCUACGUCAGUUUGCUCAUGUUGAUGAACCGUUCCUAUCAUGGGAUUUCUCAGUACGCUCGGCCGAAUCGCACCUUUUGGGCUCUGUGAACCGCAACUUUGCAGGCUUCGCCCGAGAGAUAUUCACAGACACUGGCGUUUACGCCCUGCGCAUGGAUUCAGCUGGUAUGGCCGAGGAUAUGCAGUCAACGGGCACAUCGACGUUACAAUCUACCCCUGCGCCGAGCAUGACACUAGAUCAACGAGCGGUUAUGCUUGCAACUGCUGUGACUAUCGACUUCGACUAUUUCAGCCGUCAUAGCGGCGGCCCAGGUAUAAUGCCAAUCCCGCUAUUUGGUCUUGGUGGAGGCGGCACUGGGGCAGCAGCAGCUGGCGGAGGAGCCGGAGCCAUGGAGGGUGCAGCAGCAGGGGCAGUUGGUGCUGGCACACUAGCAGGGUAUGAAGCUAUGCAUAGAGGAAGCUCUACGGCCCACGAGCCCGCGCAGCAAACUCAGCAUGUAGAAGGACAGCAGGAACAGCAAUAUGGGAACGUUGAGCAAGGGACAAACGAAGAAGUAUGGGGAGAGGCCGAUCAAUAUCCUUGGGAUCAAAGAGACGGGGGCCCUUCUUCGGGAAACCAACAGGAUGCAUGGCCCGGGGACGGUGGCGAUUCAUGGGGUGACGGUGGUGAUGAUGACUUUUUUUAA